CUGUGCGACAUGGGCUCCUGCGCCACCGACACCUGGUUCAUCUCGAAGUGGGGCGAGAGGUGCUCGGAGGAGUGCGGCGACGGCGUCCAGCGGCGCAGAGUGCACUGCUCGGGCGACGCCCUCGACAACCAGGUCACGGAGACGUCCUGCAACCCCGAACAGCGGCCCGCCACCACGAGGGCGUGCACCUCCGACAGGGGCUGCGGAGGAAAGUGGUUCACAGGUCCCUGGGGAGAGUGCGACUCGGAGUGCGGCCCCGGGCGGCGGGCGCGCUCCGUGGUGUGCGUGGUGUGGGCGCGCGGCCAGUGGCGGAUCACCACGGACGUGACGCAGUGCAAGGCCGACCCGCGCCCCGACACGACGCAGGGCUGCACGCGCCCCUGCGGCUCCGAGUGGUACACGUCGGAGUGGUCGCAGUGUUCGGCGUCGUGCGGCAGCGGCGUCCAGCGGCGCGAAGUCAAGUGCCUGAGCGAGCGACAGGAGCCGGCCCUCGACUGCACGUCCGCCGCCAAGCCCGACACGCGGCAGCCCUGCAACACGCAGUCGUGCCACCAGGAGCAAGCCGACGAGAGCAACACCUCGGCGAGCGACGAGGCUCCUCAGGCCUCGGCGGACUCUUCUCCCGGCGAGGACUCUGAGCGGAAAUCCUCAGGUAACGUGUCUGUGGCGGCGUCGUGGAGGCAUCCUCACGGCGGCGCUGAGGAUUCCGCCAGCGAUGGCUUCCAGAUCCGCAGAUCCGACUCAGGUCACAGGGGAUCCACUUUGGCUUGGGCCUCGUCGGGGGGUGAGGAGGAGGUGGUGCGUGCGGACCACGAGGAGGAGGAGGAGGAGGAGGAGAUUGGUCAUGAGGAAGAGGAGGAGGACGAAGAUGAGGGGGCAGGGAGGCAUUCGGCGGCGGCCUCCGGCGGCAGGCGGCGACGGCCCGGCUCGCCCGUGCGCCCUGGACCAGCGGCGCGACCUGGCGGCUUCCCCCAGCACAGACCUGGACGACCCUGGCGACCCGGUGUGUGCAUCGACAGGAUGAAGAACUGCCACUUAGUGUAUAAAGCUCGCCUGUGCCGCCUCAAGUACUACAAUAAGCUUUGCUGCGAGACCUGCACGAAGAACCAGUGAUCUCCGUGCGCUGUGCCGUGCAACAAGAACCAGUGACCCUUGCACACUGAGACGUGCCUCAAGAACCCGUGAAUCAAGCACCUCGCGUCGUGCUUCGAGAACCUCUGAACCCGCACUCGCGCAGAGCUGGGACUCCUCAGUGACGAGCCAGUGGACUCUGCUUUAUUUUGUA